AUGACCAACAUUAUUUCUCUUUCUCUUUCUUUCUUCCUAUCCCACGCUGGUUAUAGGAGGGAGAGGAGAAGAAGGGGAGAAAGGGAAGCUCUGCCUUACCUUGGUUAUUGUGUUUCUCACAAGCAGGAACGGAUUAGGUUUCAGCAGCAACCAGGGCCUUCUCCACCUUACACCGACCACAAUUUCUCUCCCUUCUGGAAUAAUUUGGGUCCUCUUCCUACUAUUCAUGCCUCCCCCUUUUUCUUCCUUCACCGCCAUGUAGAGGUCCAGCUGCGGCUGUCGCAUCGGCUUAGACUGCUUGUUUCGCCUGCUGCUGCUGCUGCUGCUGCUUCGGAUGCUGCAGUUGUUGCUUGGCAGCUCCUUUUUCCGGGACAUCCUGAUGGGGAGGCUGAGUUACCGACAUGGCUCCCAUCCUCACCACCUCAGUCCACUCGCUGCAGGCCUUCUUUGGUUCUUUCACCCUUUUGA